CCUACGAGAAAUAAAGCUUAGAGCAUUAAAACAAUCGUUUGUAUGCGUUUUGGGCUGCCUGGCUUUCCGUAUCGCUCAGCUAAUGCCAGUUUUGAUAGUUUGUUUCUAGAAACAGAUGAGCCUCCUUUUGCUGUUUAUGUAUAUUUUCCCGUCAAGUAUUUAGAAGAAAAAGCAAAGUUAUGUCCGAAUCAUUACAGUUUUGCGUAGCGGAAGAAAGAAGCGGUCAUUGUGCAGUCGCUUAUGACAACGCUCUGUACAUUUGGGGCGGUUAUGUGAGUAUUGAAAAUAAUGAAGUGUACCUACCCAGUGAUGAGAUCUGGAUCCAUGAGUUGGACACUGGACUGUGGGAAAUGCAUCUUAUGGAUGGUGAAGUGCCCCCUCCAAUGUCUGGGUCCUGUGCAGCCUGUGUCAGUGGGGUAUUGUACAUCUUUGGUGGUUACGAUGAUGAUGGGUAUAGUAAUCAGCUGUAUUGUGUUAAUUUGACCACAAGGAGAAACACUUACACUUGGAAGAAAAUAAAGAAUUUUAAAGGACAGCCUCCUACACCACGAGACAAACUUGCUUGUUGGGUAUAUAAAGAGAGAAUAAUUUACUUUGGAGGCUAUGGAAGCAGGAGUCAUAAAGAACUCGGUGACUGUUUUGAUGUUCAUGAUGCAACUUGGGAAGGACAGACAUUCUGGGGAUGGAAUAAUGAUGUCUGCGUGUUUGACAUAAGUACAGAUACCUGGUUGGAGUCAGCAACAAAAGGUGUGCCACCUCAGCCUCGAGCAGCUCAUGCUUGUGCAGUGGUUGGAAACAAGGGAUUUGUAUUUGGAGGAAGGGUGAAGCAAACUAGAAUGAAUGAUGUCCAUUAUUUUGAUCUGAAUACAAUGACUUGGAAUGGAGAAAUUCAUACUAAUGGUGAGAAGCCAUGUGGUCGAUCAUGGCACACAUUCACACCUACAACAAAUGUCCAGAUCUUUUUAUAUGGUGGAUUGAGUGCUGACGGAGAACCUCUUAGCGAUGGAUGGAUCUUCUGUACUAAAAGAAAUGAAUGGAAACAACUUAAACAUUUACCCAGGAACAUUCCAAGGCUAUGGCAUACAGCUUGCGUUGGAAAUGAAAGUGAAGUGAUGAUCUUUGGUGGCAGCAAAGAAGAUUUACAUUUCUUGGACACUGGUCAUUGCAAUGAUUUGCUCACCAUUCAGACUCAACCCUUUUCGCUUUCCAGGAUUUCCAUUAACUACAUUGCAAAAAAUGUUACAGUUUUACAACACUACCUUCACUGGCUACCUCAGAAGCUUCUUCAGCAAGUUCUAAAGAAAAUAACAUUUUGGACUGUGUUUAAUAAGAGGCAGAACUCAGAUGGUUUAAGAACCCAAGAACUUGAGUAAAACCGUGUCUUUGAAACAUAUUAAAAAGAAGAUUAAUGAAUGUUAUACUUUUAUGUCAAACUGUACAUAUAUAAAUAUUUUAAUAAAGUUGUCAUACUAGGAAGUUAUAGCUGUGUUGUUAAAUUUAUGUUGUUUUUUUGCGACAUUUAAAUUGUACUACAGAUCAUUACAAUUCUGAACCUCUGACACUUGUACCAUUUAAACCUAAUGCCAAGGUAACUUACAUUGUCUGCAUACUUAUAGCAAGAUUUACAUGUAUAUAAUUAAAACUGUUACAUACUGAAAAGAA